AUGGUGGUGAAGAUUCGGCUCGCGCGCUUCGGGCGUACGAAUGCGCCCUUCUACAACAUCGUUGUCGCCCAUGCCCGGACCGCUCGCAACAGCCGACCUCUCGAGGUGAUUGGCACCUACGACCCAAUCCCCAAAACCGACCUCUACGACACCUCUGGCAAGUUGCACAAGGACAUCAAGCUCGACAUUACGAGAGCCAAGUACUGGGUCGGUGUGGGUGCGCAACCGACAGACACCGUGUGGCGGUUACUCUCAUUGGUUGGCAUUCUCCCACCCAAGUAUCGACCAGCAGGCGGCGAGAAAACGGACACACCAAAACCAAGUCAGAGCCAAUAA